UUUUCUUCUUUGGUUUGCCUGUUUUAGUCGAGUGAAAAUUUUUUAGCUCCUCUUAAAACUAUCAAUUCUAAUUAGAAAAGUCAUUGAUAAUAAAAACAACUUGUGUUUCGUGACAAAAGCAAAUCAAUUAAAAUAAAUGUUGAAUCAUUUGUGUGUUUUACAAACAUUAAGGCGUGGUAGAGCAAAUAACAGGAAAUAGCUGGAAAAGCGGUGCUACGCGAUCCCAUUGUCUUUGUCUUGACAUUCGUGGAAUUUCAUUAGCUGAAAACAAAGCAAGUUUUCUGUCUGCAUAUAACCAAUCGCCAGCGACGCGGCGUUAAGUUUUAUAUUCCUUUUUUAAAUCCUGUAGGCCAAGUUAAAACUGCUGUAAACAAAACGUGCUUCAUAGUCUGUGAGUGUUGUUUUUUUUUGUUUUUGUUUUUCUACAUAUUAAACGUGUGAAAAAUGUUCAAUAAGAAUUUAUCGGUGAAUUCGGCCAUUAUGGAAGCAUUAGAAACGCCGCCUGGAAUCGAGAAUGAUUCCCCUAAUCGGAACCUGCCAAUCAGCAAUGAUUUCAAUUCAAUUGAUUGCUGCACCCCUGUCGCCAAAUAUGAUCUACCCGACUACUCCACCGGUCAGUCGUUCUUGCUAAUGGAUGGCGAAGAGAAUUUACGCAUACCUACGCCAGAACUAUUUCGCAAGAAACUCAAGUGCAACGAUAAUACAAAAAUCAAAGUAAUUUCCAUAUUCGGCAAUACUGGCGACGGCAAAUCGCAUACGAUGAAUCAUACAUUCUUCGAUGGUGCCGAGGUGUUUAAAACAUCAGCUGAGCAGAAUUCCUGUACGCUCGGUGUCUAUGCGGCACUGCAACGCGACAUGGAUGUGUUGUGUCUGGAUACCGAAGGCCUUUUGGGCACAUCCCAACACAAUAAUCGACGCAUACGUAUGUUGUUGAAGAUUCUCGCCAUAUCGGAUAUUGUUAUAUACCGCGCACGCUCUGAACGUUUACAUAGCGAUAUGUUUCAGUUUUUGGGCUCAGCUUCGGAGGCGUUUUCCUUGCAUUUUGCACAAGCACUCCAAUCUUUGCCCGUACCAGGCACAGCACAGACACUUGGCCCCGCCGUCAUUAUCUUCCAUGAGACACAGCACACAAAUCCGCUUGUUGGUUCUGUGGCCGAGAGCCCCGAAGAUAAACUACGUAAAUAUUUCGAGCGUAACCAUCAGAAAAUCAACGCUUUCAGCUCACUCCGUUAUAUUGGCAUACAGACACCUAAGCAUGUGGCCACCGAUUACAGUAAACUGAAGGCGGCUAUAAAAUUGGAAAUCGAAAACACCACCGUUCGUUCGCCACGGCAACCCAGCGUUGUAUUCAAAGCAAUGAAUGCGCUCAAUACGAAAUUCUCCGGUGAAAUUGUGGAAAAGUCAAUAAAUCCUUUUCCCGAACAAUUUUUCACUUGUCCCAUACGUUGUGAAGCAUGCAACCAACGUUGCCAACGUUCUAUGGGACAUGUGAGCGAUGGUGAAUCGCACAUGAAUCAACAGCCGUGCAACUAUCAGAAUCAGUAUGACAAUAAGAAGUACCUGUGCAAAAUGUGCUAUAAAAAUGGCAAAGAGAACGUCGUUUCAUUUGGCACACAAGCAAGGAACGAUAGCUCCUGGUCCGGACUCGCUAAAUAUGCCUGGAAAGGUGGCGUUAUCGAUUGUCCAAGUUGUGGAGAAAUUUACAGAUCACGCCAGUAUUGGUAUGGCAACAAGUCCCCGGAAGAGACAUCUGUCAGAUCUAUUAUUGUUCACGUUUGGGAACCGAAAGGUCCCACACACUCGGCACAAAUGGUACUGGAUAAGAUGUCAACGCUUGGCGAAGCACUACCAAAAUUCCAUCCGAAUGCUGUAACCGGUUGGUUAGCCGAUUGGGUCGCACCCAGCUAUUGGAAACCAAACAGUGAAAUUAUUAGCUGCCAUGCAUGCAAGAAAAUAUUCGAAAAUACUGGUUUGCAUAAGCAUCACUGCCGCGGCUGUGGCGAAGGUUUUUGUCAUGCAUGUAGUCAAAAACAGAUACCAGUGCCAGCGCGCGGCUGGGAAGAGCCAGUGCGUGUGUGUAAUGCCUGCUAUGCGCUGUUGCAAAAAGAGCCAAAUGCAGUGCCGGCAAAUACAACCGAAGCAUUUAAUCAUACCAAUUCCAAUUCAAAUUCAAAUCCAAAUAAUAAUAUCACAGGCCCACCAACGACUGAACAAGCUGACAUAAGUGUACGCAAAAUAGGUGAGGUAAUCAUCAAUCCGUUGGGCAGCAUAACCAAAGGAGCUUAUGAAUUUACCAAAGGAAUCAUCAAGGACACCGCUCGCCCAGGCUACUGGGUAUCCGAUAAGAAAGUAUCAACUUGCUACAUCUGUGAGACACUCUUCGGCACCGCUGAAGAGUUGGUCAUUGCAAAAACAAAAGGUGUGCGUAGUAGCACGAGUAGCGCCGCAACAAAAACACAAGAAAAUAUUGCAAACGGUAAUGUGGCGGAGAGUAGCACUAGCGCCAUAUCGAAUACAACUUCAGAGAUUGGCGAUUGUCUACGUCAUCACUGUCGACGCUGCGGUCAAAUGGUAUGCGAGCGCUGCUCACAACAACGUCAGACUGUGCCCGAGCGUGGCUGGAAUGAACCAGUGCGUGUCUGUGAUAAGUGUGCCGAUCUGAAGCAGUGCGAUGGGCAGACAGCCAGUGGGAGUAGUAAUGCCAAUGGCAAAAAAGAAUGAAUGUAUAUGCAACAUUUCAUGUGUCGAGUCUGAGGUUGCAUUUAAAAACUGCGUGAGAGAAGAAGUCCGAUGAAAUUUUCGCAUUUUUUUUGUUUUUGUUUCCUUUUUUAUUUGGACUAAAAAACAACGAAAAUAAUAAUCUCUCAUAAAAUUUCCAUUUCUACAUUUUUAAAUUGAUAUCCAUUUAUACAUAUACAGUGUAUUCUAAAACUAUGCAUGCAUAUACAUACAUAUAAAUAUGAAGCGUGUAAGCGUUGACCUUUGAUAUUACAAACAAAAACCAAAAAAAAAAAAAUUGCUUUUCGGAUACCUUUUCUUUUAAAUUUGGGAAGUCUUCAUUUCGAUUUCGCGGUUAUACAAAUUUUGUUAACGGUACAAAAUAAGACUGUUAGAGGCACAAAAUAAAAUUAAGGCUUGGAAAAGUGAAAAAAGUGGAAUGCAUAGUAAAUUUAACAUAAAAUUUUUAUACAUACAUACAUCUAGAAUAGAAAUUUCGUAUUUGACUUUUUUCAAAAUUACUUCUUUCUUACUGUUGUAUGUCUACUUAAGUAUAUAUACGCUUCAUAUUAAAAAUUGGUUUAAUUUACAAAGGAGAAUGAUUGUGAUACUUGGUAAGAGUUUAUAUGUAGAUAUGUAGAUGAAUAUGUAUAUAUUGCAUUUUGAAAUGCUGAUUUUUUUCCCACAAUCUACUUACUGUUUAGUACUACGAUAAGUGGUAUGUAAAACGUGCAUAUGCACUCUCAGCGUCAAGAAAAGGGUGUACCGUAUAUUGAUAAGCUUUGACUAUUUAUUUAUUUAUUUUGUAAUUAAUUUUUUUUUUUUGUUCAUACUACAACAAGAACCAUAUGAAGCAAAGUUUUGAAGUUUGUAUAAACCUUAAAAAAAUCGGCAAAUUUGCAUCGAAAUUUCAAACUUUUUACUCGGAAAUUUUUCUGAAAAUUCCGAGUAUUCAAUUUUAUAGAUCAUCGAAUCUUUUUAAAGUGCAGGUCGCAAAUGGUUGAAAAAUCUAAUUGAUUUGUCAAACUUUAUAUAAAAUUUGUAAACUUUCGUCAUAUUUUCAUCAAAUCUUCAAACAUUUUAAACAAAAUGAGAAGUAGACGUUGAACGCUGAAAAUGCGCAAGAUCGCGACCGAAAAACAUUCUCAAAAAUCUGUGUGAUUUUUAACCUACUUGAAAUUUAGUGAGCUAUAAAAUGGCAUACUUGAAAUUUUUUCAAAAAUUCUGCUUAAAAAGUUUGAAAUUUUGAUGAAAAUUUUGUGAAUUUUUAUAGAUUUCAUACAAAGUUUGAAACUUUUCAUUAUAUGGCUUUUGUAGUAGUAUGAACUAUGUUUUCGUAUAAAAUUAAAAAUUAAUAAAUAGUCAAAACUUCUCAAUAUUUGGUGUGCACUUUCUGUCGACGUUGAAUGUUGUGUAUGUAUGUAAUGUUAUUUGUUUGGCUAAAGCUCUACAUAGCUGCAAAUAGCUGUAUAUUCAUACAUACAUACGCAUAACAAAAUUAUAAAAUUAAAAAAAAAAAAUGUUUAUACGAUACUUUUAUUAAAAUGUUAUGUUAAUUUAUGUAGUUAAAAAUUGAAAGCAAAUAAUUCAAUUGAUUGUAAGAUGAAAUGAAAACUUGUCAUGUAUUUUAAUAAAUUUGUUUGCCUGAAA